ACGCGGAUAAUAGUGUUCUUGAUCGCUCCACGAACAGGGCCAUCUUUGGUCGUCUCUGCCGGUGACAGUGUGGGCUGUAUUCCCCAUUGAUCAUUAAUGCCCAAUGAUUAAUAAAUAACACAUAUCGCUGAAGAGCCGUUUAAAGCAGUCACGCCUGAGAGAAAAGAGAGGAAGUAUUCUCAGCUUUUUUGUGGACUUACUGGCAUUAUUUCCUUCAGCACCCUUUCAUUUCCCAAGGCAAAAAAGAGGGCGAGACGGGAGAGGCGGUGAUACAACAUGGAUGAGGAAUAUGAUGUGAUCGUUUUGGGCACCGGACUCACAGAAUGCAUUCUGUCCGGGAUCAUGUCUGUGAAUGGGAAAAAGGUUCUACACAUGGACAGGAACCCAUACUAUGGUGGGGAAAGCUCUUCCAUUACACCCCUGGAAGAGCUGUACAAGCGCUUUAGUCUACCUGAUAGCCCACCUGAGACAAUGGGCAGAGGAAGGGACUGGAACGUUGACCUCAUUCCCAAGUUUCUCAUGGCUAAUGGUCAGCUUGUGAAGAUGCUGCUAUACACAGAAGUGACACGGUACUUAGACUUUAAAGUGGUGGAGGGAAGCUUUGUCUACAAAGGAGGAAAGAUCUACAAGGUGCCGUCAACUGAGACUGAGGCACUUGCUUCAAAUCUGAUGGGAAUGUUUGAGAAGAGAAGGUUUCGUAAGUUUUUGGUCUUUGUGGCCAAUUUCGAUGAGAAUGACCCCAAGACCUUUGAGGGGGUGGACCCCAAAUCCACCACCAUGAGGGAUGUUUACAAGAAAUUUGACCUCGGCCAAGAUGUCAUCGACUUCACUGGCCACGCCUUGGCCCUCUACAGGACAGAUGACUAUCUUGACGUUCCCUGUUUGGAGACGGUCAAUCGUAUCAAACUGUACAGUGAAUCACUGGCACGUUAUGGAAAGAGCCCCUACCUCUACCCCCUUUAUGGUUUGGGAGAGCUGCCACAGGGAUUUGCCAGGCUGAGCGCAAUCUAUGGGGGAACCUACAUGCUGAACAAGCCUGUGGAUGAGAUUGUAAUGGAGGGUGACAAAGUGAUUGGAGUGAAGUCAGAAGGCGAGGUGGCUCGUUGCAAGCAGCUCAUCUGUGACCCCAGCUACAUCCCAGACCGUGUUCGUAAGGUGGGCCAGGUGAUCCGUGUCAUCUGCAUCCUGAGUCACCCCAUCAAGAACACUAAUGACGCUAACUCCUGCCAGAUCAUCAUCCCUCAGAACCAGGUCAACCGUAACUCAGACAUCUACGUGUGCAUGAUCUCUUAUGCUCACAACGUGGCAGCCCAGGGGAAGUACAUAGCCAUCGUCAGCACCACAGUGGAGACCAGUGAACCCGAGGCUGAGAUCGAGCCAGCCUUGGAGCUCCUGGAGCCCAUUGAUCAAAAGUUUGUGGCUAUUAGUGACCUUUAUGAGCCCACAGAUGAUGGCACUGAGAGCCAGGUCUUUGCCUCAAGGUCCUACGAUGCUACAACUCACUUUGAGACCACUUGCAAUGACAUCAAGGACAUCUACAAGCGCAUGACUGGGACCGACUUUGACUUUGAGAACAUGAAGCGCAAACAGAAUGACGUCUUUGGGGAGGAUGAGCAGUGAGGGGGGUUUGAGGGCUUUCUGGAAAAGGGUGGGAGCAGAAAAAGAAGCGAAGGCAGAAAAGGAGCUGAGAGACGGCAGAGCCCGCUCAGGUUGCCCCGGAUUGGAAGGAUUUUGGAGUGGAUGGGUGAGAGUGAGGGAAUAAGUGAGCUCUGCGUCUCUUCAGACAUGUGCCUCCAUUUCUUUUUAGUCUCGCUCCCUCUUUCCACUCUCAAUGAAAUUCAUAAAUGCUCACAAACAAACACAUACAUGCUUUUCAAACACUCCCUUUCUAUGUCACUGAAAAGCAGGGUUGAUUAGGUAUUUCUUUUAGUUGUGAAAUAAACAGGAUAGUCAAAAUUUUUGCUUUGUCCUUAGGGGUGAGUUUUUGACUUGUUGCAGAUUUUUAAGUCCGAUUUUGUCUGUCGUUUCCAUAUCAGGCUUUAGCUGUUAAGAAGGUUGACGGCAUUGAGAGGUCUGAGCUCCGUUCUCUGACCUUAGCACAGAAUCCUCUUGUUGGGGUCACCUCCAGUUUGAAUGCAUGCAUCUUUUACACUGUAGUAUUGUACAUAGACCGAAUCGACGCUGCGGUCCGACCCUGGACCGUUCCACGCACCGCUCCUGUCAACCCUGCUUUCACUCCCUGUCUUACCCCGUCUUUUAAAUGCGUGACUCAGACAGAUGACGCUCCAUUUGGCAAAAACGUAAUGUGGUCAACACAGAAAUAUAAAUGGGCUGUUCUGUCAACUGAUAUUGCUCACUUUUGCAACGCUGUUGUGUUCCCAGUGCAAGCAGGCGCGCUAAUCAGUGGCUAUAACUGUCACCCCUCCAAACCCCUUUACAUAAAAAAAACAAAAAAUAAAACACUUUUCUUUGUUUGUUUCAGUUACGUAAUGUCAGUUUUAAAACUGAAUAGUUUACUUUCUAACUUGUUAAAUUAUUAAAGAGUUUAUUUCUAUAUAAUGGGUGCACAUUUCACUGGCUGAAGUGAUGAAGUUUACAGAGCAGUGGUAAAAACUGGUCUUCAAGUUGAACUUAAAAAAAGGGAAUUUGUGGAGUGGUUUGUGAAGUUUUGGGGCAUGGCUGUCGAAGAUGUUAAACAUUAAUUGACUGGAAUGUGGCAUGGAGGACAGAACGAAUGUGGGGAAUGUUGUCGAGGGUUUUUUGGCUUUUAAAAAUGAAGACUGAAAUUUCAGCUCUUGGUGAAACCACCCCAUCUUAUCUUGGUUGCUUGACCCCUUGUGUUUCAUGUUGAUGUAAGUCGUUCCCCUUCUAGAUGUGAGGUGGAAAAAGAAGCUGGAUCCUCCCAUACUGCGAGGACUUUGUAGCAUAGCUGAAGUAUGAAGCCGCAUUUUCAUGUUCUACCCUUUCAGAAUGAACCGAGAUGCUUUUAUUUAGCCUUAACGUUGGGUCUGUAUCAGAUGCAUGGGCCCUUUCAGAUAAAUUGACUGUUUUGUUUUAACAACAUAGUUGAAGGUAAGUGUUGUGCCAAAAUGGGUGUUUCUGUUAUUGGCAAUGAUUAAAGUUCACUGCAGCUGCGUGUGCAGAGCUGGCUGAAUACUGUGGGAGAGAAAUCGUUUUGCUUCAUGCCAGUUUAAGGGUUUUGUCAUGCAAGUGAAAUGAAACAGACAAGUUGCUGCUGUCAUUUGAUAGAAAAGCAGCUCCAUUAUCACCCACUACCAAACCUUUACCAACUCUAAACUCUAAGCAUCAUGUUCGUAUCUUAUCCCUAUGAUCUAUUUAUUUAAAUUCUUGCUGACGUAUUGUGGAAAGGUUCAAGUCAAAUGCUGAACAUGCUACUUUUACUGAUUUAAAUUCUGAUUGUUUUGUUGCUCUAAUUUGUUUAUUUGCUGUGUUAUUUGUUAUGUUUACCUUAUUUUGUGAUCAUUACAUGAUAUAAUGUUAUGUUGGUAUUCCUCAGACACGUUUGAUGGAAGUUAAACUUAAUCUCAGCCUUGAAUUCACACACUGCACCGUUCGGGAUAAUGUGUGUGCUCAUCCUGGAAACGUUACCCGAGGAAAACUGGAAUAUUGUUUACCUGUUGUUCCCGCUCUCCAACACCUCUUCUCACCAUACCUUUUUUAUUUAGUGAGAAAAGAAGCCUUGUGUGUUGUUGUGCUGUUUUUAUUUCCAUUCCAGUAUGGCUUUUGAAAACCACUAUCAACAACAUCCCUCGAAAUUGACAAAAGAAACAGUGCCAGCUGAGUAGUAGAAAACUUACUGUCCUUGUUUGAUCACUAGUAUGUGAACAAUGCCUAAUGUCUUGUGUAACAAAUAAAACCAAUUAAACUAUGAAAUGAAAUGACAGAAAAAUAAAAAGCACAUGGCAAACCUGGAAA